CUUCUAACAGUCUGAGAACAGCAGCGCACGACAACUGUUGACUGCCUCACACAAUGAAAUUACUGCGCCGUUUUUCCUCUUCAUUCCAAUUCAAAACGGAGCGAAAAGCGGACUAAUAUUGCCAAAAAUGAUUCUGGACGCAAAUCAGUGAUGGUAGAAAAACAACAGCCAUGAGGUGUAGGGUGAAGAACGAGACACAGGAAUGACACGAGCUGUCUCGCUGCUCUCUUUGUUGCUGGGGCUCAUGGGAUAUGCUUUGGCAGGGCUCAACAUCUGGCCCUCCUUCCACGUCGCCCUUAGCAACGCCAGUGUGUUCGUGGACUUCAACUCAAAAGCCAACAGUAGCCUGAUCAGCCAACUGAGCCUCUCUCUGAUCGACAUGGACACCAACGCAACCCUCCUGACCAGGACACUGCCGAACAAAUCUGUCGGUCGGGUGGAGUUCAACUGCACCUGUUUCCUGUACGCCGGAACUUUCCGCUUCCUGUUGAGGCAGACCAGCACCACUGAGGAGCAGCACUCAAACGGGACGAGGCGUUCGGAGACUACCGCUUGGUGGUGGAGUUCGGAACUACGCGUGCAGUGGCCAACGUUUCACAUUGCGGUCGAGAGGGUCGGGAACCACUCGGGAGCUUUCCAGAUUGUAAUUUCCACCAAUGAACACUUCCAGCCUUGCUCCGGCAUCCUCGACCCUGCUCUCCUCCUAGAAGUCAGCUUCAUGGAGUACAACCACGUUGGACGAAAAGGCAUCAACAAGGUGCAAGCCCGCACUCAACAUCCAAUCAGACCACUCCGUUCCCAGAAGAUCACAUUUCCCUGUGCCUUCCCUUUCACGGAAAAAGAUUUCAUACAAGUGUCGCUCCGUUCUCCCCAUUUGGCGCAAGAGUUAAAAAGUUCCGUUCCUCUCUACCUGUCACACAUCUUCCCUUAUAAGCUGCAAGUGGAACGCGCCAAUACCUAUAGAAGUGGGUGCGACGGGACUAUGACGGUGAAGCUUGUAACUCCACCUUGCGCUCAUAUAGAUGGGAAAGUAUUGUUGUAUCAAGACAGCAUUGCUGGAAGAAGGGUCGGUGUCUCAUCUGGAAUGGUAGCAGGGGGAACAGCAGCCAUGGGAUUCGGGCAAGAGGAGCCGUCCUCUCCUCCGUUGGCUUUUAACUGGCUCACUCAAGGAGAGAAUGAAACCGAAUUCAACUGCUCUGUUUUUUACCCGGGAAGGAGUAAGUACUGCUUCCGAUUUGUGUUCAACUACAGUCGCUCGCCUAGUCCUGCUCAGACCUGCCUGGUGGUGCACAGGAGUGAAGAAUCUUGGGGGCCCUGGAAACAGUGGAGCGUGUGCAGUGUGAGCUGUGGCGAGGGCGUCAGGGAACGUGUACGCGAGUGUUUAUUGCCCUCUGGAGUGGAAGGGAAGCAGUGCACUGGAAUGAGGAAGAAACAGUCAAUUUGCUCCCUGGAAGACUGUGCAGCAUUGCAGGGUCCUUCUCCAUCUCUACCUCCGUUGAUGGCAGGAGUUUCCCCCCUUAGUGGCAAUAUGGCAGUGUUUGCCGGAAUUUCCCUCUGCCUUGCCGUUAUUCUGGCCACCAUCGUGAUUACCGUCUGGAGGAAGUUUUGCCACAGCCCUCAGUGCAGCUCCGUCCGCAGGGGCUCUGCACAUUCCCACGGCGGGCGCAAACUCUCUGAAGAGGCGUCCAUUUGCGGCAGCAGCCUUCCAAGGUCGACUCAGAUACAAGGGCCUUUCCUGGGUACACCUCUUCCUCAGACGACGGUACUGCCUCUCUCACAGGAUCCAGAGAGGCUGUCCCCCACUGGUCAGAAGGUGCUGCCUCCCAUUUUUGGGUAUCGAUUAGCUCAACAGCAGUUAAAAGAAAUGAAGAAAAAGGGCUUAAAAGAAGCCACGCAGAUGUACCACGUCUCCUCCAGCCCGGUUCACGACACGUCAGUAGAAACCAAAGUUUCGACAAACACCUCACCGAUCGCGUUCUCCCUUUCGGAGCUUCCAUCGCAAGCUUCCAGGAUAACAGCAAACCGACUGAGUCCCAGAGCGGACCUUGUCUCGGCUCCUGGCUCCAAGUGGCACGAUCGCACUGCUGAUUGGGUGGAGAUGGUUAAGAGGAGCGGUGUAGCAGAUGUGACAGAGAGACCGAUGGGACACGCGUACCUCAAGAAUCCAAAUUUCCGCAGGACCUCCAGUUUUUCUGACACAAAAUCUCAGCUUCUAUCUUCAGGACACUUCCGAGACAGGAGCAUGACUCAGGUGGGAUCUCGGACCCUUCCUGAAGGAAACUCGUGGACCAAAGAGAGAAGACAGAGGCCUUCAUUUAGCUCCUAUCCCAUUCCAGAGCAUGACACCCCAAAGUUGAGCCAUUCUAAAGGUCACAGUAGCGACCAAAGGAAUCCCAGGAUUAAAAAUUCCCCUCCACCUCAUAGUAAUGAAGUGAAGCACACAGGAACCAACACCUCACAGAGACACGUGGACCACUGUAAUUUCGGGGAGAAAAGUAGCGAUCUGGGAAGCAGGGCUCAGGAGGGAAUCUCAGGGAUCGGCGGUCCGCUCGCAAGUCCCGACGGUCAGUACGGAGCAAACCUGAGCGUAGAACGAGCCGAGCAGAACUGGAACCGCCGCGGUCCGUCGCCUAUCCAGAGGAAUAUGCUGGCACGGAAACUAAAGGAAGCUCAGGCCUGCUUGAACGACAGAGGACGUCAGCGUAGCGCUACCUUUAGCGUGCCGACAUUGUACCACGGGAAAGACAAUGAUCGACCACGUCCUGGUUCUGGAUGCUAUAAUGUUGGCAACAAAAGCUCUACUUACAAGCUGAGUGAAGUGGAACAAAAGAUGCUGGACUUUUCACCAACAUACGCAGAAGAGGAGAUUUGAAAAACAACAAUUUAUCACCAAUAUUUCCAUGAGUUCCUUUACAUCGGAGAUUUGAAAUAGACUUACUGUAAAGUGUUUAUUAAUGGCAGUGUUGUUUUUGGCAGCCCUUUUAAUUUUCGUCUUAGUCUUUUGGACGAUAAUACUUAUUAGUCUUAGUCAUAUUUUAGUCAUCCCAAAAUGUGUCUAAUUUUUUGAAUGAAAACUCAAGAUUAAUUUCGUCUACUUUUCGACAUAUACUAAAAAUGUUUUCGUCUGUAAAAUGAAAAUAAUUUACUCCAAAAAUAUUGAAUAAACAUUGACAGACUAGCACAUGAUGUAGCAUCUACAAGGACAACGCCAACUUAGUGAUAACACACACCCAGCCGGAAAACAGUACAUUAUUUUCAAUGAAUUAUACCCACCUGGACGUAAAAAAAAGUUGUCCAAGAGUUUAAGAGGAUGCUAUUAGCAUUAGCCGAAUGCUAACAUGAAUGCUAUGCUAACGCCAUUUAGUGUGUAAUGAUCACUCAACACAGACCUUUAAAGUCUAAAGCAAUGUUGUAUAUUCACUCUGGCAGAGAAAUGAAAACAAAUCUUACCGUGUGUGCAAGCAAGGGUGUGGGCCAGUACGUCACGAGUGACACAACCAGACACUGCUACGAUGCAGGCUAACUCCAUAUAUAAUGUGACACAUUCUGAAAAUGACGGAAACUAUUGCGUAUUUUCUUAUCGUCAGACGAAAACUGGCAUCCGUCUCGUUACGUUCUAGUCUCCCAAAACACGUUUUUAGCUAUUUAUCGUAGUGUCAUGAUCAUGACAAAAGUGUUUGUUGAGGAAAACAAAACUGAUUGAUGGUCCAGUACAUUGACGAUUUUUAAAAAACGGCGUUUUCAGUUUUUUUUUUCCUGGUGCUGACAGUUUGAACUUUGAUAACACAGCGCUGUAUAAUAUAUAAUACAUUCACUAGUGUAGUAUUGGAUAGCACAAAUGCAAGAUAAGAUAUCCUUUUAUUCAGGGGCGGAACAAAUUUUAACAGAGCCCGGGUGCGAUGAGUAAAAACGGGCCCCCCGAGUGGAACGUCUGAUGGGUGGGGGUUGCUAGUUGCCAAUUAUUGGCGGGCCCCUCCUCAAGACAGGAGGGAGGGGGGCUGGUGCUAAUGAAAAAUUUGUUGGGGGCCCCUCCAGAUGACCUGAGGGGCGGGGGUGCUGACAGAAAUAUUUUAACUCUACAGGUAGUGCCCGGGUUACAACGUGCCCGACUUACGUGAUUUUGACUUUAAGACGCCAGAGUCCACCAUUUUGUCUGCAGUCGUUUUUUUAUAAUGUUGAUUUUUGUUUUUUGAUGCAUGCUUUCAUUUUGGCAUAGGAAGCGCAGAGCAAGUAAUACUUCCGCAUGUGAGUAACAGCGCAUGUACACACGAAGAAGAACAUACAGUAUUAGCGCUCACGAAGAAGAGUGCAUUUGCUCCCACAAAGACGUCGCGCAGCCAGGUGAGAUAGAGAGAGGGGAAAGAUUACAGCUGCAAGCCUGCGCGCACAUUUGUUGCUUGUGAAGCAUCCAUAGUGGCAACAACUGUUUACACUGUCUAUUGUGUAUUUUCAAUCGUGGUCGAAUACUUAGGGCGAAUUUAUGUGAUUGUUUUUGAUGACGUGCGGACUCUAACUGAUACAUGCUCGUCGUUUGUGUGGAUUUUUAUUGCUGUAUCGGCAGCUUGUUAUAAACGCAACUUCGAAUUGAUGUUAUUGAAGAUGAAACCGGUUUAAUUUCAUUUUUAUUUUAGUUUCAUUCCACAAGUGUUGAUGUCACGAGCAGCUGAAUAAAUUCAGCAAACCACCUCGACGUCUGAUAUUGUCAUUUUGGAGUUUGGCUCGCCGUCUAGCUAGGACUUAGCUCCAACACUUGGCGAGGAGAGUAUGUAACAUACAGUACAUAUAUUACAUGUUUUUGGAUAGUUAUUUUGAGAUUUAGAUGGUAUUUAGGGGUACUUAAAAGGUUAAUUCCGAUUUACGCCGCCAGCAUAGGAACGGAAAUUGUUCGUAACCCAGGGACUACCUGUAAAUCACAGCUCCGCUAAUCUUACCCUUCUUUUGGACCAUUACCUCGGCGAACCACACCCCCUUUUACGCCUGCAAACCAGGCUCCCUUGAGGCCCGGGUAUGGCUGCACCCCUAGGACCUCCCCGAAGCUCCGCCCCUGCUUUUAUUAGUCCUACGAUGAGGAAAUUGACAAAAUAAUCUUUGUGUAUGGGAGGUGUAAAUACAAUACAGUUACUGUAUGUGAUCUCUAUUUUCAACAACAGUCUGGACAUUAUCCCUUAGGACAAACAGUUAUUCACUCUGAUGCACUAUUUUUAGUUAGUGUUUUUUUUUUUUUUUUUAA